GUCGGAAGCGAUCCGGAAGCGGAAACGGAGGAGGUUCUGUCUGUCUGUCUGUCUGUCUGGUCUGUCUGCUCGCCCGUCCGCCCGCCCGCUCCUCCGUCCCGCUGUCGGCUGUCGGACGCUCCCGGGGGUUCCGCAGCGGGAGAGCCGCGCUCCGGGCCCGGCCCCGCUUCGCCGCCGCCGCGGGGAGAGGAGGAGGAGGAGGAGGAGGAGGAAGGGGCGGGGGGCGACCGGGCGGCGCGCCCCGUCCUCGGCCGCCGCCACCGCCGCCGUGUGUGUGCGGGCCCCCGCGGGGGGAGGUGGGUCCGGGCCCCCUCUCCCAUCGCGGCCGGUCCCCGCGGGGAGCUCCUUCCCCCGCCCAUGGCCGCUCCUCCGGGGGCUGGACGUGGCCGGGGGGUCCGGGGGUCCCGCGUUACAUCGUCCACUGUCAUACAGGGCCCCCCCGGGUGGUCCCGUAACCCUGGCGGUUUGUUUGCAGAGACGGCCUUGGAAGGAGGAGAAAUGCAAGAGGAGGGAGAGUGAGAGGGAAACACAGCUUCUACCUCACCGUGUACUUGCACGUGCUUUUAUCUGUCUGUUUAUGAUUAAAGUGAUGACCUGCAAAGAAGUUUAAGUCCAGCACGUUAAGAGGGUACGUUGACAUCUGUCUGAUACUAGACUGGUGAAUAGGAAGAAGGUCCCAUCUCUGGCCUGUUUGUGGAAGCUGGGAUGAUGAAGGCACUGCAGUGGGAACGUGCUGUGGUACAGGGUUGAAGCUCCAGCCCAUGUCUGGUAGUUAUAGAGCAAUUGGAAGGGUUACGUGCAGAGUUCUGGUAAAGAUGGAAGAAUCUCAUUUCAACUCCUCCCCGUACUUCUGGCCAGCAGUGCCCACCGUCUCGGGACAGAUUGAGAACACCAUGUUUAUUAACAAGAUGAAGGAGCAGCUAUUGCCCGCAGAGAAGGGCUGCAGCCUGGCUCCCCCCCACUACCCUGCCUUGCUGACAGUACCCACCUCUGUGGCCCUACCCACUGGUAUCUCCAUGGACUCGGACACCAAGCCAGAGCAGCUGACACCACACAGCCAAGCCCCUGUGACUCAGAACAUCACCGUGGUACCGGUGCAGUCUGCAGGGCUCAUGACAGCAGGUCCUGGUCUAGUGAUAACUUCCCCGUCAGGUUCCUUGGUGACCACAGCCGCCUCUGCCCAAACCUUUCCCAUCUCAGCUCCCAUGAUUGUCUCUGCGCUACCCCCUGGCUCCCAGGCAGCCCUCCAGGUGGUUCCUGACCUGUCCAAGAAAGGGACAACCACCCUCUCCGAAGGUGGUGGGGGUGGCGGGGGUGGGGGAGUUGCCCCCAAACCGCCCCGGGGCCGGAAGAAGAAACGAUUGCAGGAGUCGGGGCUGCCAGAGAUGAGCGACCCCUUUGUGCUGUCAAACGAGGAUGAUGAGGACCAGCACAAGGAUGGCAAGACAUACAGUUCCGUGAGCAGCGGAACUAAUGAAGCCUGGUUUCCAGCGGCUCUCUCCUGUGUGGAUUCUCUGAUGUCUAAUCAAGGGUGCCGGAUGUGUUCGCUGACCUUCUACUCCAAGUCGGAGAUGCAGAUCCACUCCAAGUCCCAUACGGAGACAAAGCCACACAAGUGUCCUCACUGCUCCAAGAGCUUCGCCAACAGCUCGUACCUGGCCCAGCACAUUCGCAUCCACUCAGGGGCCAAGCCCUACACGUGCAGCUACUGCCAGAAGGCCUUCCGCCAGCUCUCCCACCUGCAGCAGCACACACGGAUCCACUCCAAGCUCCACACGGCGAUUGUCAAGCCGCACAAGUGUCCUCACUGCUCCAAGAGCUUCGCCAACACAUCCUACCUGGCCCAGCACCUCCGCAUCCACUCGGGGGCCAAGCCCUACACCUGCCGCUACUGCCAGAAGGCCUUCCGCCAGCUCUCCCACCUGCAGCAGCACACACGUAUCCACACCGGGGACCGACCCUACAAAUGCGCUCACCCUGGGUGUGAAAAGGCUUUCACCCAGCUUUCCAACCUGCAGUCCCACAGACGGCAGCACAACAAAGACAAACCUUUCAAGUGCCACAACUGCCACCGUGCGUACACGGAUGCUGCCUCCUUGGAGGUACACCUGGCUACGCACACGGUGAAACACGCCAAGGUCUACACCUGCUCCAUCUGCAGCCGGGCCUACACCUCGGAGACGUACCUGAUGAAGCACAUGCGGAAACACAACAUCCCUGACCCACAGCAGCAGGUGGUUCAGGCACAAGCCCAGGCCUCUCAGCAGCAGCAGCACUUCCAGCCGCAGGGUGGGGGGGCAGCAGGGGGCCCUUCUGGAGACACUAACCAACCCAACCCUCCCCCCCAGUGCUCCUUUGACCUGACUCCUUACAAGACUUCAGAGCAUCACAAGGACAUCUGCCUCACUGUCAGCACCAGCGCCAUCCAAGUGGAGCACCUCUCCAGCUCCUAGAGAGACCUCAACCCAGGGAGCAGAAAGCCUCUUGUGCAUAGCCUGCGCCCAGGGGCACCGCUUGUGCAGCGGCCCUCCUCGUGCAACAGUCUCCGGCCUCUCCUCCUGCAACAGCCUCUUCUGGCCGUGUAACCCUGUUCAUGGCAGCCCCUUGAACAACAGCCUGUCUCAAGGGGGUGCUCCUUCUGUGCAACAGCCUGCCUGGUAGGAGGAUGCUUCCUUGUGCAAGAGCCCCUUUCCUGUGCUGGGAUCACUUCCUCAUGCAAGAGCCCCUCCUUUCAAACCCAAAGAAAGGCCCCCGUUUUGCCUUCUCUCUCACUGUAGGAUGCGUAUGAAGGGGGGGUGCGUGUUGAGACAUGCAUGGUGGAUGGGAUGGAGAGACGGUCCUUGUACGUACAGGGGCUCGGACACAUGUUUUCAGCAGGCCGCAGAAGAAUGUGGCAGGGUUCACAGCUGGAUGGGGUUCUUUGAGGAUUUCCUUGAGUGUCUAAGAGAGAAAUAUCCAUUCCUGUCCCUCCUGCUUGUGAAAGGGAGGAGGGGUCGCUCGUCCUGCCCCAAGGACUGGAUGGGAGAAACUUUCUCCCCAGUGGAAGGUGAGACCAGUGCGGGGGGAGAGGUGAGGCAUGUUCUCUGGGCCGGACAGGUGCCCACGCUGCCCGAGGGCUGUGGAGUAUUGCACUCUUUCUCCUCCCCUGGUGGAGAGCAAUAGAGAGGAGUCUGUCUGAACUGGCUGCUGCCUCUCUCUCCCAGCUGUCUGAGCAGCACAAUGGCCAAGGCCCCGUAGGAAUGUGGGUUCCUGCUCAUUGCUCUUCCUGCCCGUUGUGGAUGAUGUCCUAGCAGCUUGUACUCCUCCUCCUCUCCCUCCUGCUUCCCCCCCCCACCUCCUCAGAAAAGCCUGCAGGCAUCAACAACAAACCAAAAAGCAACUGGAGGGAGGGUAAGAGACUGCCAAAAUAAUCAUCACCCUUCUCUCUACUCCCUUUCCCGAAAGGCGGAACGACAGCAGUUCUGACUCUCACACGCCUGUCCUGCCCCCAGUUUCCCAAAGGGAAGGAGGAGGAGGAAUAGACCGGUCUUUUCAAGGAGCCGGCAGGAGGCAGGGAAAGGCUAGCUUCUCCUGCUCACCUCCCGUCAGAGCGCUCUCCCAGGCUCCCUCUUGCCAAGACGGGCUGGACUCACAUGGCAGUGGUGGCCUCUUCUGGACCCUGGUCAUGGGAGAGAAUCCCCAAAAGGUGGACAGUGGAGAGAAGGGGAUGAAGAUCCCCACAGAGAGACCAAUCUAAUGAGAAGGGGGAGCCAACAAAAAUAAACUGAAGGCCCCUUGAAUUUAUAUAUAUAUAUAUAUAUAAAUAUCUAUUCCCCACCCCGGCCCGCUCUGUCCUUGCUGUAACUGUUUCUAUCUCUGUGUUUAUAAAACGCAUUAUCCUGGCGAAUUUUUAUUUUCAAUCUUCGUUUGUUUUUCCCUUUCUCUUCGUCUUCAAUUCUCCUUACCUUUUUUUUUUUUUUUUUUUUUUUUAAUUGGUCCACAUGACUACUAGUCUUGUGUGUCACUUGUUAGUUUCUUUGGAUCGUGGAGGCUGACUCGGAAGAGAAUGAGAAGGCAAGGGAAAAAAGCAUGUGUUGUUGGGAUUUAAAAUCAAUCACCCACCCAAAGCCUAUAGAAUCCCAGACUUCUGUAUGAACAACCAAUAGGGGCUUCUUUUUUUUUUUUUUUUUUUUAACCACCUUGUAUAGAAAUAAAUUGGUGUAAAAGGC